AGCAAUUCGCUUCACAAACUGUCAAGUGGUGAAAAUUUGUAUCAGUUUUUAGGUGCAAUUAUAUUGUAAUUGUAAACACAAAUUUUGUAAAAAUUGCGUAUUAUGAUAGGAAAUGACCGAUUUUCCUUUCAAAAAACAGUUCAUUGUUUGGCUCGUGUGCUGGCUCGCAUAAAACCGACACCAUGGGAUAAGGUUCAAACCCUGUAUAGAUACUGCCCCCAGGAAAAUGCGGCAGGAGUUUUCUGUCUCGACUCCAGGGCUCAGGAUGCCGUUAUUGCAUUGGGUCUAUAUUUUCUUGAAAGUGAUUAUCAGUACGAGAAGGAAAUCAUACCUUAUUUGCUGAGGCUUUCGAAAGCCCUUCCCAGAGCAGUAUGGAUCGAUGACGUCAAGCCCAACAAAAACGAUAAAAUACCAAACGCCGAGAAGUUUUGUUUUUGCUUGAAUAGUUUACUAUCGGAUAUUGCGGUCGGAUGCCCGGAGAGUCGCGAUGAAAUAAUCUUGAACCAGGUCGAGGUUUUAGCGGUACUCACCAACAUGAUCAAAGGGAGCAAGGAAAACAACACUUUACCACCAAUUAUAUUAUGCAAGGCGACUGUUCCACUGCUCCUAGGUCUAGGAAGAUCUAUGGGACGAUAUGCAACAAGUGAUCCACCUUUAUUGUGUCGGCUUUUUCCACGGGACUUAAUCCCAACACCAAAGUCAUUGGAAACCAGCUCGAACACUGAUUUAAAGCAAAACAAUGCAAUCAGUCAGUUUCGCUCUAUCAUCCCGCGCUCUAUGUCUGGAAGUUUAACAGUCGAAUCACCGGAAGAAAGGUCACCGAAAAAGCAUACCAAAAAACUAAAUUCUUUUUACUCCGUCCCAUACGAUCCAACGACAUACUUCUUCUCCAAAUAUGGCUCUAGUUUUAACCAGUUCCCCAACAUGCGUUUUUGCGACUCUCCAGAGCGGAAAAAUCGACUUCAUUUUCCUAUCAGUCAUUUGCAGACGAUAUUCGCCCUAGCAAAAAAGCUUCUCACCAAGGAGACGCUAGAACAUCUUGAUGAGCAAGCCGGAGAUAUUUACGCGUUGCAUCAGAUAAAACCAUACGGAUAUAAGAGUUUCUCAGAAACAAUCAACCUGGUUAUGGUGACCCUUUUGAGGGAAAUUUUGCAAAAUCAAAAUGAUCUUCCUACACCGUUCACCAAGGAUGUGCAGGAGUUUGUGAAGCGCCUGUUUCUGAUUGGUCAAACCGAACUGCAAAAUAAACAGCAGGACAGCUCAUUGGAUAGAGUGAAUGAUCCGUCCAACAUCGUGGUAAACAAGUACAAGAUCAAUGUUAUGGCCAACGCGGCGUGUGUCGAUCUACUAGUGUGGGCCAUCGGCGAUGAAACUGAGGCUGAUAAAUUGUGUAGUAGAUUGUAUCAAAAAUUGAAUUCAGUGUUGGGCCAUAAGGUGGUUAUGGAUCACAUGCCGUUGCUAAUGGUGUGCUUAGAGGGAUUGGGAAAAUUAGCCCAAAAAUUUCCCAACAUUGCAGGUACAUCGAUUUCAUACCUACGAGAUUUCCUCGUAGAUCCAAGUCCCAUCUUGACAAAACUGCAUGCACAAUCUCAGGCACAAAAUAAAAAGGAGAAAGAAAAUGCUCCUUUUAGAAUUAUUGUUCAAGGAUCCGAUUUUAAGGCGUUGGACCAGCAGCCGAAUCAACGAAAUGGUCUAACGAAGUCCGCUCACGAAGCGUUCGAAGCCCUACGAGACGCGGCAAUAGAAAAUCUGGCCAUCGCUCUCAAAGCCGCUCACAUACUAGACCAGUACUGCGUCCCGGCACUGGUGGCCAAUGUUUCCAAUCGGUUAUUUACAGUUGAGAAGCAGGAAAGCGAAUCUAGUCUGGUUUCAUUGAACAUUAUCGUCAUGCUGGGUCAUGUCGCCGUUACACUAAAAGACACUCCCAAAACAACGAACAACAUUCUACAGUUUUUCAUCCAGCGCUUCUGUAAGGUUCCAUCCGAACAAAAUGUGUUGAUCGUGGAUCAGUUGGGAUGCAUGAUAAUUUCGAAAUGCGAGGCGCAGGUUUUUGAGGAAAUAAUGAAAAUGUUUUCUCGCGUAACAGUACAGGCAGCUUCGUUGGCUUACUCUGCCAACCCGGAACAAAGUGUUUACAGGAAAUCCUAUCACCACGUCUCGGAUGCAGUGGUCAACGCACUGGCUAAUAUCGCAGCCAACAUCCAGGGCGAGCUGGAAAUGUUGGAUCUGUUGGGAAAGUUACUUGAGCUUUUUGUUCAGAUUGGCUUAGAAGGAGAGCGUUCGUACGAUAGUACUUCUGGUGCUCAGAAAGCUAGUUCCAGUGCUGGCAAUUUGGGCAUGCUAAUUCCUGUGAUUGCAGUUCUAGUCAGACGUCUGCCACCUAUCAAAAAUCCAAAGCAACGUCUCCACAAGCUGUUUAAGGACUUUUGGCUUUACUGUGUGGUGAUGGGUUUCACCAAUGCGCGGUUAUGGCCCUCGGACUGGUAUCAGGGUGUCCAGCAGAUUGCGGCUAAAUCACCACUGUUGAUAUCACAAACAGCGCACCGAUCAGAGAUGCGCGAGCUUAAUUACACAUCCGCCAUUCGUUCAGACAGUGUCAGCUUGAAUGAGCUAAGAAGUCAAAUUUUGGUGUUAUUGGAUCACCCACCAGCGGACAUCACGGCUUGCAUUAACAAGUUGACCUUUGCCCAGUGUACGUAUUUGUUAAGUGUGUAUUGGUUGGAGAUUUUACGAGUGGAGAAUGCAUCUGAACCAAGUUUGGAACCGAUUCUCAACUAUCUAUGUGACAACGCCUUGCUGAAGGAUAAGUACGGCAUGUGGCAGUGUAUUCGCUGUAUUGGUGAUCAAGUCUUUGAAAAGUUUCGAAGUGUGCUGGUAGAACAGGAUGAAUUGAGGGAAAAGGUGUUGGAGUCACAAGCAAUGUUAUUAUUGGUAUAUUUCAAUCAUAUUCACAAACAGAUUCAAUUGGUAGCGGAUCAAUAUCUGUCACAGUUGGUUGAUAAAUUUCCCCACUUGCUGUGGAAUCGUAAAGUGUUAUGGUGCAUGUUGGACGUUCUUCAGUUGCUGGCUUUCUCACUGACAUUGGAUCCGAAUGAAGAAACUCCUACGUUAAGAGUUGCUUCAACUCCUUAUACGCUUCAGUUGAUGGAUAGCCUGCCGGCCAGAGAAAGUCGAGUUAAAGAUUUUGCCGAUCGUUGUCAAGGGAUUGUCAACGAGGCUAUGAAAUGGGCGCCGAAAUCUACAAGAAGUCAUCUUCAGGAGUACCCCAAUCAGGUACCAACGACAACUCUUUCUAACCACAGUGGAUUGGCGCUGGCCGUGGAUUCGAUUCUACACACAUGGGUAACUAAUGCUGGUAUCCAAUCGACUUCGAAGCGACCGCAUUGCGUUAACAGUGACACUUCAAAAUUUGUGUCCGUGCUCUGCCUACGUAGCAAAUACGCAGGAGAAAUAUCCGGGUUACUGUCUGUUUUGGAAGACAACGAGAAAAAAGGUCUAGCCGAUCGAUUAGUUAAAGAUAUUUGGGAUGCUUGCGCAGAGAAGAGUGAUGCCCAACAUCGAGGCGCGUUAUGGAGAGCAACUGCAUAUUUGAUUCUAUGCGCAAGUGCAAAUCGGAAGCUUCUGCAUGCGAUUUCGUCGUCUCAAGUUCAGUUGUUCACAGAAUCCGCUAUGGAGACCGCCGUUGAAUGUUGGCAAUGGAUCCUGACCGCCCGGCAGGAUUUGGAGCUAUGUUUCAUCCAGGAAAUGGUGACCGCUUGGCAGACGACCUUCGAUAAACGGAUUGGACUUUUUACGGAAGAGGUGGACAUUACAAGCCCUCUAGCUGCUUACGAAGGGUGCCGUUUGGUACCAAAACCGAUAAUGGUUUCUCCACAUUUGAUUUGGCUUCAACUGCUUUCUGAAAUGGUUGAUACAGCCAAAUAUUGCAAUAGGGAUAAAGUUGAAAUGUUUUGCAUGCUCCUUCACCGAUGUUUGCCAUUCAGUCGUGAUUUUAAACAAACAAGGCACAUUUCUACCGUUGGAUGUCGUUUCAAAUUACUUCAGUGUGGUCUGUCGCUAUUGCAAGGUAAUACGAUUCCGAAAUCUUUGGCACGGAACAUUUUGAGAGAACGAAUCUACGCCAAUGCUUUGGACUAUUUCUGUGGACCGCAGAUGUGUCCAAGUCAAUCGCGAGAAGCUCUACUGGAAGACAUAGGAAUUCUUUUAAAAUUUUGGCAAACGAUGAGAAGUGAAAAGAAACACCUCGUUGCUUCAGAAGUAAGCGACUACGAUCUAAACCCAACAUCGCAAAAUCUUUCGGUGAAUAAAUCCUCCUUGGAUACGGUUUCUCUCGCUGGCAGUGAAGUUGCUCGUUCAACAAGUAGUGGAAAUGCUGGUUGGUACAACACUAUUCCUCAUUCUACAUCCACUUUAUCAAAACGAUCCAAUCGAAUCAAAAGACCACCCUAUCAAAAGGACGCAUACGACAAAGAUUACAUGAAGAAACGAAACCUUAUUUUAGAACUGUUGGCCGUCGAGAUCGAAUUUAUGCUGAUUUGGGCUAAUCCUCUUGCAACACCCGAAAUGCAAGUCAUUGGCGAAGAAUCUGUUGCUGAGUGGCGAGCUAGGCCUAUAAAGCUGAAUGUUUGGCGGGAUUACACUCGUCUUGCCUGGUCGUACAAUGCCGCGUUAGCUAUAUUUUUGCCCCAAAGGAUACGUAAUGCUGAAACGAUUGAAGAUGAAGUUACCCGACUUGUCUGCUCUGAUCCUCUCGCAGUGAGCCACAUUCCCGAGGCACUGAAAUAUCUUGUCACGACGAGAACUCUUUUGAACGAAACGCCAGAGUUGGUCUACAUGCUGACAUGGGCACGAGUUAGUCCGAUACAGGCAUUGUCAUACUUUUCUCGGCAAUACCCUACGCAUCCGUUGACUGCACAGUAUGCUGUUAAAACGUUGAACUCGUACCCUGCUGAUGCCGUUCUUCCAUACAUACCGCAGUUGGUUCAAGCCCUGCGACAUGAUACGAUGGGCUAUGUAACUGAGUUAAUCAAACAUAUUUCGAAGCGGUCACAAAUUGUGGCUCACCAGCUUAUUUGGAACAUGCAGACUAAUAUGUACAUUGAUGAAGAAAUGCAUCAUAAGGAUACCCUUUUGUAUGACGGUUUAGAGACACUUUCUCAGAAUAUUAUCUCGUCGCUGUCCGGACCUGCCAAACAAUUCUACGAACGGGAAUUCGAUUUCUUCGGCAAAAUUACAGCCGUCAGCGGAGAAAUCCGCUCCUUCCCGAAGGGUCAGGCAAGAAAGAAAGCUUGCUUAGAUGCGUUAAGUAGAAUCAAGGUGCAGGCUGGUUGCUAUUUGCCAUCGAAUCCGGAAGCAAUGGUUCUCGACAUUGACUACAACAGUGGAACUCCGAUGCAAAGUGCCGCAAAGGCGCCGUACUUGGCACGAUUCCGUGUUCAUCGAUGUGGUAUCACUGAACUGGAAACGAUGGCAAUGGAAGUGUCUAACAAUCCCAACACACAACUGGAUGGUCCAAAAUUGAAUUCUAUGGGUCCGGAAACGUGGCAGGCAGCAAUCUUCAAAGUAGGUGACGAUGUGCGACAGGAUAUGUUGGCUUUGCAAGUCAUAUCGAUAUUUAAGAACAUCUUCCAACAAGUUGGUCUUGAACUAUUUCUAUUUCCGUAUCGUGUUGUAGCAACGGCACCAGGGUGCGGUGUAAUCGAGUGUGUGCCCAAUGCUAAAUCACGCGAUCAGCUUGGAAGGCAAACUGAUUCAGGUUUGUAUGAGUAUUUCCUGCAUCAGUACGGAGACGAAACAUCCAAAGAGUUCCAGGCAGCGCGAAGCAAUUUUGUUAAAUCAAUGGCUGCAUAUUCAGUUAUCGGCUAUCUUCUGCAGAUUAAGGAUCGUCACAAUGGCAAUAUAAUGAUCGAUAAGGAUGGUCAUAUUAUUCACAUCGAUUUUGGCUUCAUGUUUGAAUCAUCUCCCGGUGGUAACAUAGGGUUCGAACCGGAUCUCAAACUAACAGACGAAAUGGUGAUGGUGAUGGGUGGCAAAAUGGAAGCCGCUCCAUUUAAAUGGUUCUGUGAUUUGUGUGUGCAAUCAUUUCUGGCGAUCCGUCCGUACCAGGAUGCUAUCGUAACGUUGGUCUCGCUCAUGCUGGACACCGGAUUGCCUUGUUUCCGUGGGCAAACCAUUACACUGUUGAAGCAACGAUUUGUCCCUACUAAGAAUAACAAAGAGGCAGCAGCUCACAUGCUGGGCGUUAUUCGUAACUCCUACCAGAACUUCCGUACUCGAACGUACGAUAUGAUACAGUACUAUCAGAAUCAAAUCCCGUACUAAGAUAAAGGUCAUCAGGGUGGGUUUACAGUGAUUGUAUUAUUCAAUGUUCAAAUUUAAAGAUUAUCAAAAAAAAAGUUUUAAAUCGAUGACGAAAUGUGUUGGAAUAAACAUCAUAAUGUGGGAAGCGGGCUGGGAAUGUGGUAAACUGAACAAAAUCUAUUCUAUGUGGUAUUGCAUGUGAUUCAAAGUAUAGCUAAACUUACUCUUGUUAAAUAUUUGUUGACUAUAUUGAAUAAAAUUAAUGUUAGCAAGAAGCAAGAA